GUUUCUGUUUUUAUUUUUAGUUAAAACAAACAACCCCAUCUGUUUAGUCUCUUUCAAAAGCUUGUGGUGUGUAGACGCAAGUCUGCUUCGUUGACUAAGUCGUAUGAUCAAAAGGCAAAUCGCGAAUCGACGCGCUAAAAUGGAUUCUCGUCUGAAGCUAGUUCUCCAAUGUUUCUUUGCGGAAUUUUUUGGCACCGCCAUGGUGCUGUUCACCGGUUGCAUGGGAGCCAUGGAGACGAAACUAUUCGAUAACUCCCAUUUUCAAUAUAGUCUGAACAUGGCUCUAAUGGUAAUGGUAGCUGUUCAGUGUUUUGGCCAUGUUUCUGGUGGUCAUAUAAAUCCGGCAGUAACCUUGGCUGGUUGGAUUUGUGGUGUGGUGAAAUUCCAUAUGAUUUUGGCCUAUUUUUUGGGACAAUUUUUGGGCUCUGUGGUGGGGUUUGGAUUACUCAAAGUGAUUGUGUCUACAGAGGAUGGAUUUUGCAUGACGUUGCCGGGAAAUAAUAUCAGCACGGGACAAGCAUUUGCCAUUGAGCUUGUGAUCACGUCUAUUCUAAUUGCCGUUUGCUGUUCCAGUUGGGAUGAUAAAAAUUCGAAAUAUCAAGAUUCGCUGGCUCUGCGAUUGGGUUUGACAGUUGGAACGCUAUUGUUUUCAGCGGGUAACCUGAGUGGUGGCAGCAUGAGUCCUGUACGUUCCUUUGGUCCAGCCCUGUGGUCAUUGAAUUUCAGUCAACACUGGAUAUAUUGGGUGGCACCGAUGUCAGCGUCGUUGGUCACAAGUUUGGCCUACAAGACUACAUUUAUGACGACGCAACAAACGCCAUCGCAUAUUUCCAUCGAUGUUGUAGAUUAAACGAAAAAACUAAUUCGAAAUCCACAGCCAAAUAUUGUUCGUUUCAGAACACGAAUAUAUAUUUUUAGGAUUAUUUGUAAUAAUUAAUUAAUCUCAUUAGUUACGAAUUAUAGUUUCAUUGAUAUUAUCAGUAUUGUUGUUGUAACAUUUAUAAUACCAAUAUAGUUAUUGUAAAAAAUAAAUAAAA